ACACAUCAUUGAAUCUAGAGUCAUCAGUGCUGCUUCUUCACACUUGCCAAGCAGAGCCGAGCUCGUACGCGUAGCUUCCAUCGCGCUGGGGCUAUCGCAGACACCGACUCAAGAUCUACGACGCUCUCAACAACAAACAUCAUCACAGGCGUGGAGUCGACCGCUUGGAUUUCUGGAAGUCUGUCUCGUCUUUCGAGAUGUCAGAAGAAGGCGAUCUCCCGCCCAUCCGCGUCGCCGUGGAUGAAGUGGCCAAAAAGAACGACACGGCUCCCGUGGCGCAUCCUCCCUCGGCAGGCACAACUACAACGCAAACAUCACAGUCAACGGCCUCACCACCAAACUCGCCGCCACUGUCUCCACCGGUGAGCCCGCCAGUCCAGCAUCAUCGUCAUAGUUCGAACGAGGACUACUAUGCUACGAGGCCAAAGUUUGAUCGUUUAGGAAAUCCCAUCCCUGACCGCAGCAGAAGGCCUGGCGCUAUGUCCACUGUUUAUGGUACUUCUAAGAUACGCCUACCCGGAGACUUGGGUGCAAAAGACCCCAGAAGGCCAAAGUCGCCAGCACCAAGUGCGCUACCUGGAGAUCUUGGGCCAAAUGACCCUCGAAGGCCUAGAAGUGCAAACAGCAGUCCUGCUCCGUCUCCAGUCUCCAGUCAUGGUCACGCUCGCCACGCCAGUGGUGACAGUGCGAAUGUGAGGCUAGCAGAAGACCCGCCGGAACCUGGGCACCCUCAGGAGAGCGAUGAUGACGCCGAUGCAGAUGAUGACAACGACACAGACAGAGACGAAAGCAGUCGAGGACGGGGUAGGAAGCGUCCUGAGCCUGGUAGGACUACUUCCGGAAAAGCGAUCAACGUUCGGGAGGAAAGCGAGUCUGAUUCAGAAAGGGAACCGGUCGACGAAUUCGCUAGUGGCGCGAAGCCGGAUCCCACGAAAGGACAAAGCAAACUCAGUUUCAUCAAGGAGCGUAAAGUACAGGUCGCCGGCCGAAGCCCAGGCGGCCGAAGACGUGUACAUCCUUCCACUGCAUUCGAUGCUGCACCUAGUGGCGCAAGCACGCCUUUGCAGUCGGAUGAUGAGUCGCAAUCGGAAUUGAGAGCGGCCCAAAAGCUUUCGCUCCGCAUGUCUGAUAUUCACUCCACUCCGUCUGCGCACCGCGUUAUUCGCCAGAUCUUGCGCGGUGAUUUCGAGCACUUCCAGCGGGAGGCGGAAGAAGGACGAAAACGACAGCGCAUGUACCUCGUGGCCACUGACAUAUCACCCGAAGCCGAAUACGCUCUUGAGUGGACGAUUGGCACAGUUCUUCGCGACGGCGACACCUUAUUCGCUGUGAUGGCAGCAGAUGAGGAGUCGGUUGGGACAGGCGAAAGCUUAGGUGGCGUCGAAAUCGGCCAUGGUGCCGAAUCUGUGAGGGAUACGGCAGCCAUCGUCAAGGGACUGCCAACUGUCGCGCAACACGGACCGAGCAACCCAGGACCAUCACCACUUGCUCGAUCAAGUCUCGGAGCCGGACCAAGCGACUCUCGGAGUAGAAGCCGAGGUGUGCAUGAUUCUGCCGAUGCCGAGCGACGGAAAGCAUUGGAAUCGAUCACUGAGCGGUGUGUACGCCUGCUUAGAAAGACUCGUCUUCAAGUUCGUGUUGUGGUCGAGGUCUUCCAUUGCAAAUCGCCCAGACAUAUGAUCACAGAAGUCAUUGACUUUCUCUCGCCGACACUUGUCAUUAUUGGCUCUCGUGGACGCAGCGCAGUCAAGGGUGUGCUGCUCGGCAGCUUUUCCAACUAUCUAGUCACCAAGAGCAGCGUUCCCGUCAUGGUCGCUCGCAAGAAACUACGCAAGCAUAGCAAGACGGCAGCGAAGCGGAACAAGGACGGCACAUCGAUACCAUAUACCAAUUCUGGAAGAAGCGGCAGGUUCAGCAAUAUGAUUGAAGCACCUAAAGGAGCAGGACUUAGGGUCAAGGACUGGGAGCACGUCGGCAUUGAUUAGAAACCUUGGGCCGGGAGCACCCAGAGGUCGUGGUAUCGAGGAUUCUUUGGAGACCUUGGAUCAUUCUUUGGAACAGGAUGAUAAGCACGCACCCCAAAUCACUCUCUCAGGUGAGAUCACUGAAAGUCCACAUCAACAUGGUCUCUACAUCAAAUUCGGCUCCGGCCGCUUCAUCUCAGCAACAACAAUCAUAAUUUACCAGUGAUUCUG